GUUGUCUCUUGUCAAAAUCAUCAUCUGAUUAAUUUCACGCUCGAUUUAUUAUUACUUGUAUCGUGUUAUUGUGACACACUGUGCUUUUAACGCUGAGUUUAAUUAUGGAGCAUUAUUGACAGUGAAUGAGAAGUUUGAUUAAUUUAUAUAAUGUGGAGUGAUCUAGUAUAUCUAUAGUAAAUGCAAAUAAUUAGUAAAAUGUUAUUGACUCACUCGAGUUGACUGAGGCCCACGUGGAUGUUAUAAGUGAUUAAAAUAAGUCUAAGUGAAUUAAUUGAACAAUUGGAAUUCACAAAUAAUUGCUGAGUAAAUCGAUGAGCCCUUAUUACUCGGGUUAUCUUUUACGAGAAUCCUAGGGUCACCAGAACGACUCGGACAACAGCAAAAAUGGCAGAUCGACCGAGAAGAAAUCGAUACCUCAGCAUCAGUAUACUUCAUGUUAUCACAAUGAUGUGUCAAGCAUUGUCAGAGGGUCCCAUGUUUGCUGAACCCAUUCCAAAUGUGACUGUUGCUGUUGGUAGGGACGCAAGUUUACCUUGUGUUAUCAACAACCUAGGUACUUUCAAGGUGGCGUGGUUACAUGUUGGUCGCCAAAUGCUUCUUACUAUUCACACACACGUAGUAGUAAAAAUCCCGAGGUUCUCAGUUUCAUAUGACAAACAAAAAACCUGGUUUUUGCGAAUACAAAAUGUUCAGCAAAAUGAUCGAGGCUACUACAUGUGUCAAGUUAACACUGUACCUAUGAUAAGUCAAGUUGGAUACUUACAAGUUGUUGUACCACCGAACAUUGUGGACUCCAUGUCAUCGGAGAGUACAGUUGCGGUGAAGGAGCAUCAAAAUAUUACAUUGACAUGUAAAGCCGAAGGUUAUCCUGAGCCAACAAUGAUGUGGCGACGCGAGGACGGACAAUCUAUUCCAAUCGAUCGGAGAUCAAAAGUGGAAAAAUAUGUUGGAGAUCAAUUAAAUUUAACUAAAAUAACUCGUACAGAAAUGGGAGCAUAUUAUUGCAUUGCGACUAACGGAGUCCCGCCAACAGUCAGCAAAAGAAUAAUCGUUGAUGUCGAAUUUUCACCAACGAUAUUCGUGCCAAAUCAGCUGAUGGGAGCACCAGCUGGAAAGAACGUAACCCUUGAGUGCAACAUUGAAGCACAUCCACGAGCGAUAAGCUACUGGAACUUCAACAACUCUAUGGUACUAAGCAACGAAAAGUAUACCAGCACGAUAAUGGAGAGCAGCUACAGAACUAACAUGCAGCUGACCAUACGAAAUCUACAGCUCAGUGAUUUCGGUAACUACAGAUGUAUCAGCAAAAAUUCACUCGGCGAGACUGAAGGAUCUAUUAGACUAUACGAAAUGGUCCAACCAUCAGCACCACCGACUGCUACAGAGAUAAAAAGUAGCGCAAACAAAGAGGGCAAGCAACAGAGCACCCCGACGCCACCAAGAAGACCAACGACAAUAUGGCCGGCUGUUUACAACCCUUAUCACCCGAAAAGGACAGAACGACCGCCGACGAGCCACAAAGAAGCUGAAACACGCGAAAGAAAACUUCAUGGAGCCAGCACAGGAAGUGCUUAUAUCAUCCGAUGGAGCGCACCCCAGUUGAUGGUCGUGGCAGUCCAGUAUAUCCUGACUGGACCCUACAUGCCGCCUUACGUGCCUCAGCACGUUAAUUAACCACCAUUAAUCAUCUCUCUCAUCUUUAUGCAAUAUCGCUACUCACAACACACAGUGGCACAAAUUUAAAACGAGUGAUAUUUUACUAAGUGAU